AUGACAAGAGCGGAAGAGCUUCCUCCUCCCGCUAUGCAAGUGUUGAACUCAACCCAUGAAGAUGAACUUCUUCCGCCACCUCCACACUCACAGGCCAAUUUCUUCGACGCACAAGCUGACCGGAUUCCCCGAAAUUACAUAGAAAAAGCUGUUGCACUGUACGAUUAUGAUGCUGACAAAACGGAUGAGCUUUCACUACGGGAAAAUUGCAUCGUCUAUGUACUUCGAAAAAACGAUGAUAGAUGGUUCGAAGGAGUUUUGGAUGGAGUCACUGGACUUUUCUCUGGCAAUUAUGUUCAACCUGUUUGA